UACAUUUUGGAUACUUUCAAGGAAAUGAGGAUGAUAGAAAAUUCAUGGAUAAGAAGAUGUUGGUUGCAGAGACCUGUGACAUGUCAUAUGUGGGACAGAAUUAUGGUCCUCUUGCCAGCACUAUUCAAAGAAACUGCAAAAAUUUCAAGACUCUAGCUUCAAAAGUAACGGAGGAGAUGUGUGGACAACAAGGCCCUUCAAAAAGUCACUAAAAGAGAGAUAACUCCUGACCGGAAGUGACGUCAAGCACGAAAUUUUGCAAGCAAAGUCUCGUCACCAAAAGACAUCUUUCCUGAAAAUUUCGUGAAAAUCGAACCAGAAAUGGCUGAGAAAAACGCGUGUACUACCAAGGAAAAUAAUAAUAAUAAUAAUAAUGAAGAAGAAGAACGCGAACAAUGAAGAUUAUUUGAAUUCAAUAUCAAACAAUCCAGCUUAAUUGACCGAAGUUCUUUUGCUUAUAUUACUUUUGUGUUAUCACCUUGGUGGCUUUACCGUGGUACGACGUAUUCGUAUAACGCACACCAAGUACGACUUAACCAAACGGACCAAUACUUGCCUCUUCCGUUUCCGUCUACAAGCAGACAAGUCACGAAUUUUCACUAGACGAAGUGCAAUCUAUAUUAUCGACUACUUCUCCAUCCUUAUUUGCCACCAUCAUGCCACCCGUGCGAACCAGGGUGACAAGACUUUCAGAGGUGGAAAGAAACCGUCAAUUCGUGUCCCCAGCCCGGGGACGUGGGAGAAGACGUAGGCCAAACAGCGUGGCCACCGACUCCUCGAGGCCCAUACCUACGGCAUCCGCUGUUGUAAAUGCAGCGGGGGGAACCACACAAUCAGAGACUGACGACACUCAUGCCAUUCAGGACUUGCAGGCUAAUCCGUCAGGUGAGUUUGACGUAAACCAUCAAUGUCUUAUUCCCCCCAUUGACAUUUUCCCGCCGGCUGUCGACUUCGCGGGACCCAAUUUCUCAGUCACGGAGUAUCAACCCUCGGUAAUCAAUAGCUAUUUCGAUCCUGUCAGCUUUCAUGUCCCGGAAAAACUCAAAAAUCAAAUUUGGGAGGGAAAAUUUAUCGACAUUUCCUUACUGCUUAGGUCAGCGCGGGAACUGGACGGCCAUCUUGAAACUCAGGGCCAAAUCGAAAUCCGAAAUGGUGCCAUGUGCCUCGUCAAGCCUAAACAUAAUUCCUUCCUGUCAAUUGAAAAAUGGUCAUCGGCUUUCAUUAUUUUCACCAGUAUCAUGCUAGAAACACACCAUAAGAUCAGAAUCAAUUCUUCCAUCAAGGAAGACCUUAGAGUAUGGGAACAAUUCCUAGCAAACUUCAACGGCAUUUCGGUCAUUUCCUCUCCGACAUUGACAUCGGAUUCGUACUUGCAAUUAUACACAGAUAGCGCUGGGGGAACAAAAGGGGGGUUUGGCAUUUACUUUGCAGGUAGCUGGGCUCAUGCAAGCUGGCCGCACAGCUGGAGUCUUUCGGACAUAGUUAGGGACAUGACAUUCCUUGAGCUUUUCCCGGUAUAUGUAGCAAUCGUGCUAUGGUCGCCACAAUUGGCUAACAAACGUAUUCUUUUCCACAUAGAUAAUUCUGCUGUAGUCCAGGUUAUUAAUUCCGCUACUUCAAAAUCUCACAGGGUCAUGAAAAUUGUUCAAAAAUUGGUUCUCAUCACACUACAACACAACAUUACAAUCCAGGCGCAAUACAUACCCUCCAAACGCAACGUUAUAGCAGAUAGUAUUUCUCGUUCGCAGUGGAGAAGAUUUCGACAUCUCGCCCCCCACGCCGACCAGUGGCCAACCCAGCUACCCAACCAAAUAUGGGAUAUCUAAAGGUAGAAUCACAACGCCUCAUCAACAACGCCCUGUCUGAUAACUCCAACAAAGCUUACAAUUCGGCACUGAAGAAAUUCCAUGCAUUUGCCCAGAUUUUUGGCAUUGCUAUUUCCUGGCCGUUACCUUUAGAUAUAAUUUUAAACUUUAUCGCAUAUUUGUCGUUACAACAUAUGUCCCCAAAUACAGUUCAGUUAUACAUACGCGCAUUGGCAUAUUUUCAUAAAGUAAGGCAGGUAUCAGAUCCAACUGCCUCCUUCUUAGUCGCAAAAGCUCUACAAGGGUUGGCACGUGGCAACACAGCCCCAGAUACUCGGUACCCGAUUACCCUACCCAUUCUAGAAAAAUUGCUAGCGUAUUUACCUUUUGUGUGCACAUCCUCUUUCGAAUCUACACUCUUUGCUAGCGCCUUCUCACUGGCCUAUUUUGGUUUACUCCGAGUAGGCGAAUUCACUCUGGCAAACUCCUGCAAUAGCCGAUAUUCUCAUUGCAUUCAAUUUCAACAUGUUACUCUGGGGGAGGAAAGCAAACAUGUCACAUUCACUAUACCUCAUUCCAAAACCGACCAAACGGGCAAAAAAACCACUAUAUUCAUUCGGAGUCAGCCCCACUCGAUCGCAUGCCCAGUCCACAGUAUGCGCAAUUUCCUAGCAAUAAGGCCACACACCUCAGACACUCACUGUCUGUUCAUCCACAGUAAUGCUAUGCCUUUGACUAGAUUCCAAUUUAAUGCAGUACUGCAGAAAGCAAUUCAGGCUAUCGGUACACCAGGUCAUUUUGGUACCCAUAGUUUUCGAAUCGGUCGGGCCACUGACUUGGCUCUACAGGGUUUUUCCGACCAGCAAAUACAAACAUUUGGGAGAUGGAAGUCUUUAGCCUUUCAGAAAUACAUCCGCAUGUAAUGCCACUUCGCAGCCCUCGGACCACUACAGGACACACAAUUUAAGUAAUGACACCCUUGCCAUCAAUACAUAACAAAUAAGUAACCAAACCAAAGAUAUUUCAGAUUGUUCAAUAUGGAUCCUCGGGUCUUCAAUCCCAUUUUGGGCAGGUCAGUCGACAUCAAACCGCACAGGCGGAAAAAACCUUGACUUGCCAGCCCACAUUCAUUGGCAUGGAAGACGGGGGAUGCAGUGGCAACAAUUGGACCCCUUGGUGAUGGACCUCCUGAGGAAGUAUCCUGCACCUAGAUUCAUGGUGAUACAUCUAGGUUCAAACGACUUGGUCACCCCAGGCCUAACUGGCAAAAAGUUGGUAGAGGAAAUAAAGUGUUCAUUUCUCAGAUAUAAUGCCCUAAUCCCACAAACUACAUUAGUAUGGUCCUCCAUCUUGCCCCGCCUAUACUGGCAUGGGGUUCCUGGCAAACUAGGUGGUAAGAUUAACAAAAAACGUAUAAAGGUUAACAAAAGAAUUCUUAAGUUCGUGUUAGAUUUGGGGGGGUUGGUCAUUAACCAUCACAACAUCUCAGCAAGAAACGUGUGCUUAUUUAGAUUUGAUGGAACACACCUUUCGGAUAUGGGCAACGACUUUUUCCUAAACAACAUCAGGGCAGCUUUUCACAUAUUCAUCAAUCAACUAGGCAAUUGUUACCCUCAACCUGUUUAACUGGGUCUGGCAUUUUAGGGGGGGGGGGGGGGGGUAGUGGUUUUUCAUGGUUAUUGGAGGUACAUCAUAUCGAUGUCUGUGGCAGGUCUGGGGGGAUAUAAUACAAGAAUGUGUCCGUCCGAUCUGGCCUGUUGUUCCCUGCCCAUCUGUCAUACAAAGACAGAGGGACUAAUGUGGCUCAUAUGAGCAAGUACUGGCUCAUAUGAAGUAGAAAGCUGUGUAUAGUGGUUCACGUGAAAAAGUUUUGAUUCAAGUUAAUUGGGGCACCCAGGACUGCAGUCUUGGUGUCCUCUCCACCUCCUUAACUGGGAGGGGAGACCCCAGUUCCGGAAUACCAGGGGGAGGUACUGGUAUGACUCACCGGGGGGCUAUUUGGUGGAACAGGGUAAAGCAGAUCGGACGGGCCCGUUUUCGGUCCCUUGAUGUCGCAGUCUGGGACGUCGGCUCUCGUGCUCACACGAGGCCACCGGUUUGCCCUAAUACCUAUGGUCGGUACUCCGGAUAUCCCUUUAGACCUGCAAUUUUUUACUUUGUACAUGUACAUGUAACAUGCGGCCGUAGCUGCCAAUUCACCCUGUGUGCACUAUGUCCAUUUUAGUUCGAUCGUUUCAUGUUAUGAAAUAUGUCUGGUUAUUCUAAUAAAUAUAAAAAAGCUCAGUAUGUGUUCUCUAUCAGCUAAAAGGCCAAAGGGGCCAAGAGAGUGGGCACCCAAUAUGGUUAGUUAGGGACUACCACCGGAGUGUUCAAUUAAUGAAGAUUAUUUGAAUUCAAUAUCAAACAAUCCAGCUUAAUUGACCGAAGUUCUUUUGCUUAUAUUACUUUUGUGUUAUCACCUUGGUGGCUUUACCGUGGUACGACGUAUUCGUAUAACGCACACCAAGUACGACUUAACCAAACGGACCAAUACUUGCCUCUUCCGUUUCCGUCUACAAGCAGACAAGUCACGAAUUUUCCCCACCCACCCUUCCCAAUUUCCAAAAAUAAAAAAUGAUGCAAUGACAAGCCAUUGCCAUAUGCCCUACUAUGUAAUCUGCUGCCAGUUUAUAUUUUUCAGAAUCGAGGCCAGAAAUAGACCUCAUGCAGAAGGAACAGACGUCACACCUCUUUUCAACUGGACUCGACCAGACACAAGUGCAACUGCGAGCUUGACUGACACUGUAAACUGUUUGGUCUAAUUUUGGUCAACAUCCAUUACUUUCCCCUUCUUUACACAUGUCGCAUUGUUACUUAAUCAGGGCAGGUCUGGGGGGAUAUAAUACAAGAAUGUGUCCGUCCGAUCUGGCCUGUUGUUCCCUGCCCAUCUGUCAUACAAAGACAGAGGGACUAAUGUGGCUCAUAUGAGCAAGUACUGGCUCAUAUGAAGUAGAAAGCUGUGUAUAGUGGUUCACGUGAAAAAGUUUUGAUUCAAGUUAAUUGGGGCACCCAGGACUGCAGUCUUGGUGUCCUCUCCACCUCCUUAACUGGGAGGGGAGACCCCAGUUCCGGAAUACCAGGGGGAGGUACUGGUAUGACUCACCGGGGGGCUAUUUGGUGGAACAGGGUAAAGCAGAUCGGACGGGCCCGUUUUCGGUCCCUUGAUGUCGCAGUCUGGGACGUCGGCUCUCGUGCUCACACGAGGCCACCGGUUUGCCCUAAUACCUAUGGUCGGUACUCCGGAUAUCCCUUUAGACCUGCAAUUUUUUACUUUGUACAUGUACAUGUAACAUGCGGCCGUAGCUGCCAAUUCACCCUGUGUGCACUAUGUCCAUUUUAGUUCGAUCGUUUCAUGUUAUGAAAUAUGUCUGGUUAUUCUAAUAAAUAUAAAAAAGCUCA